AUGGAAAAGUUUAAAGAUCUUCAGUGCUAUAUUUUAACACUUGAAGAUGAUAUUGAGCUUGCUGAGAGGACAUUAAAAGGCAUCACGAAAUCCGUCAACCUCGUGAUCCGAAAGGCUGAGAAGCACCAACCCAAUAAUCUCAAGAAGCUUAUAGAGGAAUGCGGCAGUUUUAACGGAGAUGUACCACCGUUGCAGGCAGAAGAUCGUCUCAGCUGUUGGAGUUUAACGUUGGUAACUCUCGCAACUGUUGCUGUUUCUCUUCCCAACAUCCCAAAAGAAACAAGUGAUAGGCUGCUAAGUAGUGUGGGUGAAGGUCUUUUAUAUGUGACACUUGUGGAAGAAACCUUCAACGCUAGCGAUGAAUAUGUAAGCAUGCGCAAGGCAGCUAAAUCGUUGUGGCUAGAAGUUGAAGUAUAUCACAAGUGGUUAGGCAACAAGCUGAGGAAACUUGCUCCCCAAGUUAAAACAGCAAGACAGAUUCUUGAAUAUUUCAAGGAUACAGCUGAAAACAUGACCACUGAGGUGGAAAGUUUGAAUGUUUGUGAGAAUUCAAUGUCUCGUACGACCAAAACUAUCCUUUUUUCCUAUCACGCCACCAUUGAUAAGAUUAGCCAAGAGGAGUUAUUCUGUAAAUUGUCAUCAAUGAUUGCUGACAUAUUGGCUACUUGUCUCACCAACUUGCCUCAAGUGAUAGCAAUGAAAUGCCAUACGGAUGUGAUAGAGAAAAGGGAGGCGAGUGUGCAUGCAGCAGCCCGACUUCUUGGUGAGACUAUGCAGAUAAUCAACACGCUGCAACAUCACCAACUUCCAAGGUUGAAUACAGAUGAGCUGCCGGUUAUUGACAAAUGGCGAGCUUAUCUAAAGCAUCCCUUUCCUUGA